GAGCGCGACGCGUUCGAGGAUCUGCAGGUCAGUCCGCCUUGGCAGUCUGUCUUCUUUCUUUCCUUCCUCUCGACCUCUUCUGAACCACGCAGCCUGGCAAGCAACACGACAAUCGCGAGAAUCCUUCUUCUCGCCGCUGACGAGAGAAGGAAGCUGUUCUAAGAGCGGUCGGCAGUAUGGACUUCACCCCGCUCUACCCGCUCUCGUCGCCGCAUCAUCUUGCCUUCUCGCCUGGGUCGACAUUUAUUGCCUCACUCGUCUCCCAUGCUUCUCCUAAUGACCCUUCCUCAUCCUCAUCUACCGGCAGUACGCUCGUCGUGAGGGCAGCAGGUGACCUCAGCCUAGUCCGAUCAUGGCAGCUGGCGCACGGAACAGAAGGAGCGGCAUUGGCGUGGAGCCGAGAUGGAGGGUACAUCCUCCUCUCCCACCCGAAACGCGGGACGUGCGAUGUCUACGUACUUGACCCACGACGACAGCCUGCUGAGGGUGGACUGGUCAUUCAAGGCGAAGAAGGGGAGCAACAGGAGACAGGCGCCGUUGCGCACUUGAACCUCUCCUCCAGUGGCGGGUUCACGCACUGCUGCUGGGCGCCUGGUGCAGGGCUGGUGAUCCCUCCGACCAUUUUCUGCUUCACCUCUGAGGAGACGGGUGGCACAAUGAGCGCUUUUUGCCUCUCCUCGACUUCCUCAGCGGGAGAGGCAGGUCAGGCAAGCGCUGCAGUGUUCCGCGAUGUAAAGAGGUCGAGAUGCUGGCCCCAUCCAACUGAUCGUGCCCGCUUUGCUAUGUUGCAUCGUGACGCCAAAUCUGGGCAGGAGAAGGUGGGAAUAUACCGCGGGGUGCUGCUGACAGCAGGAGAGGCAGGUGGUAGUACGAACAGUGCAAAGGGAGCCUAUGCCGCAAUCCUUCAAGGCAAUGGGGGCUCGUCUACGUCCACAGCGCCUGGCGUGAGAUGGGAAUUAGAGUCUUCCUGGCCGGCUCAUACCAAUGAUGCUGCUGGCUUAUCUUGGUCGCCAGACGGGAAUCUUGUCGCGGUAUGGGAGGGCCCACUUGAAUAUCGCUGCCACAUCUACACGGCCAUUGGAUCAUGCAGAGGAACCCUGGCCAUGGGCGGAGACGCAGCAGCGGUGGGAAGCGAGGCGAGGGAGCCAGUAUUCACGCCUUGCCCUAUAGAGGAGAGGUCAGAUGGUGGCGCAAAGAAUCAUGGCGGAAACAGUGCUUCGAAUGCGUCUCCCGAUCUCAAGAGCAGCAAGCUCGGAUCCUCGACGAAAGGCAGGACUACACAAAGCACGAUGCGCAGCAGCAGCAGCAGCACCGCCGUUGGCGAACACUCGGCAGCAGCACAAGAAGACGAGGCCUCAGCUGCGGCCACAGCUGCAGGAGGCUUGGGGAUCCGCACUGUUGUGUGGCGUCCUUGCUCAGAGAUCAGCAAGCGCAAAGGUCGUGGCCUAGCCCUCGCUGUCGCCGGCUUUGACGAGCGAAUCUACGUCCUCUGCUCAGAGUCCGGAUCGGGCGACUGGCAUCUCCUUCGUCCGUCUACUCCCUCGUCAGGAUCAGCAUCAAACGCAGUCAUCGACCUCAGCCGUCGGCCCCUCAUCUCGCCCAACCGCCAGGGCCGGAUCUAUCGCGAGCCAAGAGACUGGGUCCGCCUCACCGGUGGCAGAGGCAUUGUACCUUUCCACUCUUCACUGCUUCACACCACGGGCACCGCGGGCGGGGCGAAUCCACCUACACUGAAGCCAGAUUGGGAGAAGCUGAACCUCUCUUCGCUGGCGGCUGGAGGGCAGAGCAGUGGAGCAAGGGCUGGCGUUCAAUGGAUGGAGUGGGACCCCUCCACUCGCUUCAUCGCGAUGAGGAGCGAGAGUAUGCCUUCGACCGUCCUCGUGUACGAGCAGGACGGUGAGAGUGGGGCUGUGAGCCUGCUAUCGGUGCUGCUCUUCGCAAGCAGCGUGUCGGGGGUCGCUUGGCGACCUGCUUCUGCAGUGGUUCAAAAACAGGCGCAGCUCAGCAUCGUGACAGCGGCAAGCCCGGCCAUCUAUCUUUGGACUCACGCAGGCAACAGCGUCGCCGCGGAUUCGGAUCCAAUCAUCAUGGAAGGUGUUCCAGUACCAGUCCCUUCUGCCCCGCUCGGUGUAGGAUUGGAACAGGCGCAGCAGACAUCCUUCAGGCCAAGCGGGCUGCGUUGGUCGCCUGAUGGGAGUAAGGUGGCUGUUGCUUCUGCGAGAGAGGCAACUGGUAGCGGGGAAACGGGAGCUUAUUGCGUAGCAGCACACGCCGACGAAGAGGAUGAGACAGCAGCGUGAACAGGUCUGACGACGUCGUUUCUGGCAGCACAUUCCUCGAAGC